ACGGGAAACUUGCACAGUUUGGCAAACUUUCACAGCACGAGGACUGUUAAGUACGGUGUUACCGACCUAGAAAUCAUGAUGAUUGGGCUGAGUUCAAUCCUCAUUGUGGCAUGCGUGUGCCUUACGGCCAUGGCCGACUCACCCCCUGAGUGCACAGAACGACUCAACAGCGUUGCCAAGCUCAAAGAUCUCUACUGUGAUGCGCAUGUCGGCACGGGUGCAUCCGGCAGGUACGACGUCCAAGCUUGUGGUCACCGCUUUUUGUGGAGCUGUGUCUCGAAGAAAGUUCAGAAAGCCCUGAGGAGACGCAUCAGGUGCAACUAAAAAGUCUUCUCGCCUCUUGCGCUUUCACUCAUUCUAAAGAAAAUAAACGAGGUCGACCACGCAAUGAGUCUCUGAGAUGAAAAAAACAACAACACAAAAAACUUCAAGGCGAAGGCAAGAAUCAUAGCAAUAAAGGAAACAGAAAAUGUUCUCGAGCUGA